UGUGUAGUAUAAAAACCUCAAACUAAAAGGAGAAAUUGAAAUAGUUUUUUCACAUUGGUAUGAUAUGCUAUAUGGUAUGACUGUACCUAAAGUACAGUGUGACUGUCACAGCCACACUUGACUACCUUUAGUUAAUCAUUAAUCUCUUGCCAUCUCUGCUUUUACUAUGUACACAUGUACAAAAAAACCUGCCUGCCUUUAACUAUCUGAAAGGCAUCACCCUGGCAUGGGAUAUAAAACCUGUGACUUCUCAACACUGAAACAAAUUCACCAAACUGACAGCACUGUGCGCCUGACCUCAGCAGCCUUUUCACCAUAUGAACAUGACCACAACUGUGAAGAUGACCCUUGUGUUGUUCUUGCUGUGUUCCGGAUUUUUUCACUUUGCAUUUGCAUCAAAUCGUCUACGAUUUUUCCAUCUUCGUGGAUUACAAAAAUAUUGGAAUUCUUCGUUGAAUGCCUGUAACCAGGAAAAUGAAUCAUUUGUAACUCUGUAUGAUGAAGAUGAUGCCGAUUUCACAGCUAAUUUUCCGGGUCUACAAAAGACGGCUUGGCUUGGUCUGCAUUGGGUUGGGGAUAGAAACACCACUUGGUCAGACGGUGUCCCUAUCACAUUCAAUAAGUCAUCUGUGCAUGUAACAAACGGGGAGCAAAUAUGUGAAGCAAUUCACAUCAACACAUGGAAAGGUUUUAACUGUUCAGAGAGGAAACCUUUCAUGUGCUACAAGGGUAAUAAUUACACCUUGAUUGAAAACAAGAAGAAUUGGUGUCAGGCUCUGCAAUACUGCAGAAAAUAUUUCACUGACAUGGUCAGCAUCAGUAACGACACACAAAAUAAUAAAGUGAUUCAAACGGGGAAAAACACAAGCUUUUGGAUUGGACUCCUGCACGAUGAAUGGGAGUGGACAGACAAAAGCUGCUCUUCAUUCAGAGAAUGGUGUGAUCCAUCCUACCUGGAAUCAAAAGACGACAAGCAAUGCACAAUUUUCUCUAAAUCAUUGCAUAGAUUAAAUUGUAAGAAUGACAAACUGUCAUUUUGCUCCAAAGGUAUUGUGAGAAUCAAAGUCAUUGAACAACCUUUAACUUGGGAACAAGCCUUUGACUACUGCAAGGCCAAACACACAGGCCUGCUGUGGAUUGAGGAUGAGGAAGAUCAGAAGGCUGUCGAACAAUGGCUGAAUCACACUAUGGUUAAUGGUUCAUUCUGGAUUGGUCUGAGGCAGAGUCGUGUCUUUGGAUUCUGGAUUUGGACUAGCGACAGGACAGUGAACUACAGCAACUGGAAGAAUGGCAAACAGCCUGAAAUGCCCUUGUCUAACUACUGUGGUGUCAUCGAGAAGGAGGAUUACAGGUGGAGGGAUGAAAACUGUUGGCUCCAGCUACCUUUUCUUUGUGAGGAGGAGAUUGUAUUCAUGAAUUAAUAGUUAAAGCUUUGUUGAUAGAUUGAGAUGAAAGUCGGCAACAUAACCCCUAAAAUUUUCCAUUACUGAUGUGUUUUUUUUCUUAUAUAUUGAUACAUUUGGAAGUGUUUAUAUACUGUAUUAUUAUUAUUAUUAUUAUGAUAAUGAUAAUAAAUGUAUUUAUUUUAUAGUGACAUGUAAUGAGUGACUGUAUUUCUCAUGUUUUUUUAACCCACUCAGUCCCACUGUGUCACUUCAAUCAAUCCAAUCAAUAUUUUCAGAUCAAUAAAGGUUUGCUUAUCUGUUUGUAUGAGAUUCCACUUGGGCCCCUGUUCCACCAGUAAUCAUUUAAAAACAUAUUCUAUUUCUAUUUUCUAUUUACAUUUAUAACUUUAACCCAACUCCAAAUAGUUUAUAUUCUAUAGAAGAUUUGCUUUUUAAGUCUUCCAGUCAUACAUGUGGUAUGAUACAGUGCAGGACAGCACAUACAUAGAGGACCUCUUAGGAUUGUAAGAGAAUGUUUACUGUAUGCAUUACAUUUCUUUGAGACUACAACCUUUUCAUGUGAGCUUUGUUUAGAGUUAAAAUCAAAUUUCUGUGUAAAUUCACCAGAUAAUGUGCUUGUUUGCAAUAAAAUAUUUUAAAUCCAACAAUUUGGAAUCUUACCUUAACUAAGAAAUGUGUCUUAAUUAAUGCUAUCUAAUACAUACAGUAAAUAAAUUAUUCUCUGUCUCAAAUGCAUUACUGCUGGAAAAUAACUUUAUAAUGUAUUCAUUAUUACAAGUAUCUCUUUAUUUACUUAAACCUGCAAUAUGUGUUAACUGAUAUUUCUUACACUUUUACAUUAAAAUAUGUUAAGUGCAGAUGCCGUAGUAUUUCAUAGCUACAAAGUUAUGAGUGAUAAACAAUGCCUACAUUCCUAAAAACACACACACACACUUUUUGAUUUUGUAAUCCCACAGCAAUGAUGCUUUUUAGUGCUUUAAUUUUUUUCUAAUCAUCUCACAUUAGUGAUUGCCUCCUCAAAAUGUUAAUUUAUUCAGGCUCUUUGGUUUUACUAUGUUCAUCUUAUAUUCUGUUGUCAGUGCAAGUAAAUAAGUAACAGUGCUAAUACCACACUGUGAAAAUACUCCACUGCAAGUAAAAGUCAUGCAUUCAAAACCUUAGUUAAUUAAAAGUAUCAGCAAAAUGUACUUAAAGGUCCAGUGUGUAACA